GUGAAUAUGUAGUUUCUUACAAUUUUAAACACUUUAAACAUUUUUUCUCAUGUAUAUAUUUGUUUUCGAGAUUGCUAAAUCUGUUGCGUUUGCGUUUGCGUUUGUUAUGUUUGUUUGUUCGUCUCAGCGUUUGUCAUUGGCACACACAUUGCAUCUGUUUUCUCAAAUUUCAGUAAACCUUUGUCACAAGUUGAGUUUAUCGAGUGUAUUCAUAUUAUCUAUUGCCCUUGUCAGCCUUUCUUCACACGUCUUAAACAUAUUAUUCAUCAUUGCCGUUGCUUGCCACUACAAUACCUCAAUUUCACCAAUAUCAAGGAAAAACCACUGAAAUUAACGGUUUCCCUACUUGUUUAUUUAUCAGGCUGUUGUAAUAAUAGAAAACAGCAUCUCUGUGAAGCAGUUUCAUGUUUAGUGACUAUGCUUCACGGUUUCUUGCCCAGUCGCGCUUUUCUUCUUCAGAGCAGCUGUUACAAUCGUCUGCAAAUGUAUUUAAUGGACGAUUGAACGGCAAUGCGGAGCUUCCAAGCUUACAGGAUUCUUCUCUUGCUCCGUCUCCAGGUUAUGACUUGAAUCAAGAUACUCGUGGCGUCGAAUCUGCUUCUGUCAGCUGGUUAUUAAAGCACAGCGAUGUUGGUAAACCUGCCCUGACCGAUUCUGCGAACGUUGCAAAUAGUUCAAGGUUGUCGGCUUUCUCAGACGCAGUCGAACACAACCGGCGAUCACAAAAUGUCUCAGAAAUGUCAUCUGCUGUGUCAGAACAGCAUGAACAUGUUCAUCCCAAUGCUGCAAUGGCUAUGGAUCACGGCUCGAGACUGGCAGAGGAGAUGGAUGAUUUGCCAUUUGAAACAUUUGAGGGAGUUCAAAGGGCAGUUCCCAAUCAACGUUGCGGUACUGUGUACAUUUACAUUACAACUGCUCUUCUUGCGUAUGGAUUGGUUACCUACUGGAGAACAGAUGCGAUGUUUACCGAUCCUAAUUCCAUGUAUAAUACAAUUCGCAACGCAGUUCCUUUUUUGUUUUCCAGAAUGCUUAUUUCGGUACUUGUUGCCGUUCUUUGGCUUGGUCUAGUGCUUACCGUCGAGUCUGCAUUACUAUUCAUUCUCUUUGCUACUCCAUUCGUGUUUACUGGUAUCAGUGUAUAUUUUUUAACAUCAACUGUCAAGCAAGUAGCCCGUGACGUUAUGAAACAGUUGCUGGUGAUGCGUAUUAUUGGUCUGGUCCUCUUCAUAUUCAGCAUCAUUCUUGGUCGUUUCGUUUGGCAACGCAAAGAGUCUGUUAGUCGUGCGCUCAGAAUCGUCCAAUUGGCUAAUCGGGUGCUUGUAAGUCUUCCACAGUUGGGCGUUUUCAGCUUUCUGUUCGUAAUCUUAAACAAUGUUUGCAUUUCAAUUUGGGCAUUAUUCUUUUCACGUAUGUUUCUACGAGGCUUAAACGAUGGCAAUCAUACAGUCCUCGCUUCUGGAUCAUGGUUUCUUGCCGCGCUUUACGCCUUUGCUUUGUUAUGGACGAUUGGGUUUCUUUCCUCCGUUCAUAGAUCCGCUGUUAGUAUUCUCGUAUGCCAGUGGUAUUUUUAUCGACAAGUCGAGUCACACAUACCGACAAACCUUAUGGUUUCGCAGUCGUUUUCAUAUGCUUUCACACAUUUGUAUGGUAUGUGUUCGUUAGCAUCGUUGCUGAAUGUUUCUACUCGUGUACCUCUUCAAUCACUGCCGAAAACGCUGCGAAGGAUCUCUCAACUAAUAUACUAUUUAUUCUCUACAACCUCGGUUGCUUUUGUCGCAUCACCUUUUACGGUGACAUAUGCUGCGAUAUACUCAAUCUCGUACCAAAAUGCCUUGAAAGCUUUGUUUCGUCUUGACCAACUCGAUCUACUGAGCUGGCGAGAAAGGAGUUAUCGAUUGUCCAAGCUAAUGCUCAGGGCGACGAGAAUCAUAAUGGCUUUAGCCAUUGGAGCGUCUGCCUGGCUCGUCUCUUUAAGGCACGAGGGCGUCUUCUACGGCUACAUAGUCGGCUUAAUAGGGGGGCUCUUGGGUUGGUUUACCAUGGGCCCUAUAGAAGGUGGUCUUGGCAUGAUUGUGGAUGCUUUAAUGAUAAGCAGCGCGAUAGACGUGUCAAGCUCCCAGGGCGAUCCAAAUGGAGCUCACUGUUUUGAAGCAUGGCGACUCUUCAACCUGGCUGACUGAAAACAUGUCUUUGUACGAUAAUUAAAAGUGACGACUAUUCACCCAGUGUUGGACAGACAACGUAACAAACUUUCCUCCGUUCAGUAGGAUGAAUCGGUAUAUGAUAUUCACGACUCUAACUUCACGAUAACGCAAGUCUCGACCUUAAUAGCAAGCGAUGCUUUUUUGACAUGUACAAUAGUCUUUCCAUCGCAUAAUCGUUCUUACCAUUCUUUGCCCUAGUGCACUUUUUUUAUAAAUUUCGGUAUAGCCAUGAACUCAUAGAAUUGAUU